GAGGGUAGAGGGUAGGUCUAUGUCUCCAAUUUCUGCUCUUCAACCACUUGUCGUCUUCAUCUCUACUUUCCAUGUCGUUCGGUGCGUUGGUUGCUCCUGCCUUCACCCACGCAAACAGCACACGCCAGCUGCAGGCUCCCGCAAUCUCACCGCAGAUUCCUAUCCCUCGGCUCGCCGUCUCUCUCACUUCGUCUCCGUCGCUAGCAACAUAAGAACAACUCUCGACCCUCCCCGCUCCCGUUUUGCCUCCAGAUUCAGACAUCACACACAGCUGUUCACUAGCACGCUCCGUCGCUGCCCAACAUGGGUAACAAGAACCGAAAGCAGGUACAUGCGUACAAUCCCAACGAGAUUGAGCGCCUACGCUGCGUUCCUCUGCCUGCAAAGCUCAAAUGCAACAUGUGCCUGAAGAACUACAACCAGGCGAACUUCAGCCAGAAACAACUCACCGACGUCCGUUGGCAAGUCUCGAGGUCGGGAAGGAUCACUACCAACCCCAAGUGCUCCAAGUGCACCGGCGGCCAGCUUGUCGAGAUCGAAUGCGUCAUGUGCCACAAGACGAAGGGUCUGGAGGGUUAUGCAAAGGUCCAGCGCAAGAAGCCAGAUGACGCUACAUGCUACGACUGCAUGGAGAUUCAGGUUUCGCGAGAGCCGGUCGACGAAGUGCGCUACGAGGAUCCUACCAAGGCCUUCAUCACGACGGAGAGCUCAGGUGGUAGUUACCCAGACUACUGGAGCUCAGCCAGCUCCACACGCGAUACUACUUCUAGUGCUGGCGAUUGGGAAGACACGGAGUCCACCGACGGAGGCCGUCGUAGGCACGAGGGUGGUGGUAUCGACCUGUCUGAACACUUCCAGCAUGCUUUGUCCGUCAGUGGCGAGGUCUCGGACACGCUCAUCGACUCUGAGUUCUCCUACAAGCCCGCCAACGAUACCAAGCCAGGAACAUGGAGCGAGGUCGCAGGUACCAAAUCAUGGCACACUGGGACCGAGACAGCCUCCAGCGUUCGCUCUGGUUUUGAUCCAAACCGCUACGGCAGGCCCGGGGCUCGAUCCGUCUCUGAUUCUGUGCACUCAUUCAACUCGAGCAUCGCCGAGCGAUCUCAGUCUGACAGCGGCCAAGUCGAGAUGAAAGGAAACUUUGCCAAGAUCAAGGCCUACAAAGCCCCGCCGCAGGAUGACCCAUUCAACUCCGACGAGGAGGACGAGAAGGAGUCAUCCUCAGACGACGAAGCAGAUUACAGUGACGACGAUACGGUGAUCUAGAGGGUACUCAGGACAGUUUAGGUGGUAGUCAACCUUCGAACAUCAAAGCAUUUGGUUAAUGAAGCAUGCAUGGAGUCUGAGAGCGUGCGCUUCAACCAUUCUCGAGGCGCUCCGGUGUCAACAUCUCCAAAAAUUUGGGUACAGUCUGAAAAGCAGGUCUGGUCUUACUUUCAC